AUGUCCAAGUCUCUCCCGCAUACCCUGGCUCGCAGCAAGCGAGUGCUUGCUGCACGAGUCGACACGGAAGGAAUCUCCAGUGCCUCGGCCGCUGGCUCCCCGGAACAGCCAACCUCCGCCCGGGACCGCAGCGUCACCUCAAACACGCCGUCCGCGCUACCCCCGCUGCAAAAGUAUCGCAGCGCCUGGGACUCGGCCACCUCGUCUCCGGAAAACAGGCGGACCGAAAGUAGCGUCUACUACACCACCGCUUGGGGGUCGCCGUAUGCCGCACCCAGCCCUCGGAGAUUGUCCUGGUCCCUGAGUCAAGACGCGGGUGUUGGUCGUGUGUCCAGAGAUAGCUCCCCGGCGUCGAUGCGCAGUGGUGUUCCCAACACCAUCGAGUCAGUUAACCCCGAGCUCCUGAGACCAUCCGCCCUCAGCGGGAGCAUCUUCAACCGUUCUCCGAAACGCGACGUGCCAGGUCGGAAAGGGGGAAAGUCGAUCAAGGAUUUUACCCAGGACUGGAUCAAUCAGUACCUCUCCGGGCAGCCACGGACGGAACGCAGUAACUGGCUGAGUGACGAUUCCGGAAGCGAAGCGCCCUCCUUUUUCACGGCCCAGAAUCACUUCGCGGACGAUCCGUCGGACGACUGGCUGGGUCUGGAACAAGACUCGCGCGACAGUAGCGAUCUCCUGAAAACUCCGACCUUGGCCGAUUUUGUGAGCCGGAAAGACCGCCUGGAAGGACACGCGAGCCGCCAACGGACCAAAGAACAUCAGCAUAAAAGAGAAGACACUCUCCGACAAGAGGAUUUCUGGGGCUUUGCGUACGACAAAGACCCUCAAUCGAUCACCAUGACCGAACCACAGGAAACGCAGCAUCCUCCGCAACUGGAGACGACCAAGAGCUCUUCUCCGGUCGAGAAGCCAUUGCCCCCUCCGCCAGUAGACGAGGGAGGACACCUGGAGGCUGCAGUACCCACCGAGACAAAGACAGCGAGCCCGGUAAAAAGCUCCACGCCGACGCUGCCAAGAUUGAAGAAAAAGCUGGUUUGGCGUGGUAAGGCGUGCUUUAUUGCCCUUCCCCUGGAGGAUAAGCGAGGCACUGAAUACCGCCUGUUGACCCAGGAGGAUGUCAAACAGAGACUGAAGAACUGGGAAGAUGAAGGGUAUGACACCCGUGGAUUUAGUAUAUGUACGCAGGACGACGAGUCGGACACCCAUCUCGGAGGCCUCAGUCGGCCGCUCUUCCCUGACCCUGCCGAGGCCCUGGAAGACUACAGGACCGGAAACUAUGGUGUCAGUUUCCCAAACAAAGGGGAGUGGGAUGCAUAUGUGGCUCAUCUCCAAGAGGAGAAAUUACGGGCUCUUGGAGUCGACUUGGGUGAUGGUCCGCCCCCGUCUGUCUCACCGGCCUCCGCUGCCAUGAGCCAGAUGGGCCCCUUCCCUGGCCUGGUGUCUUCGCCUCCCAUCCCGACGGCAUCGGCCGCCAGCAACCCACUGUCCAUCCCUCAUGCCUUCUCUCCUCAGCUGAACCAAUCGGCAAACGUGAGCAACGGCAUCGGCUCUAUUGCCUCUCCAGCCUCGCCGUUCAGUAUACAAACACCGUUCAUGGGUGUGGAGCAGAACCUCUUGCAUGGAUAUCAUAUGCCAUUCCAGCCUACUCCUCCAGCGCAAGGCGCCCUCACACCCCAAAGCUUCUUCAAUGCCCGCCAAGGAGGCCCUGCUGCAACCAUUCCCGGCACUCUGCCCAACUUGACCUCCAUGAUGUCCCCCGUUUCACCGCUGCAUGAUCAAGGUAUCUUCCAUCCUGGCUUGCACGAGGCCCCGCUGCCAUCCAAAGAGCCGUUCAACGAUCAAAUGGGCAUGGAUACGCAACAUCAUAUUGCAGAAGAUCAUACCCUACGCCCCGUCCAAACCCCACCGCCAAACCCUGAUCAUUUCCAUGCUUCCACCGUUGAAAUCGCUCAGCCGACCCCUCGCGGUCACAGCCGCGGUCACAAUUUGAGCGAGACACUCCAGAAAGGUCUGGAUCAGAUUUCUCCCAAUGACUACCACCUGGAGGAAUCCAUUAACCGACAGCUUGAUGAGGGCGAGCGGGAUGUUCCCCGUAACCUCGAAGGAUCUGAACUCCUACAGUCUCGCUGGGCGUUGUCUGGAAGUGGCGAUCGCAAUCUUCAGCAUCUGCCUCAGCAUGUGCAUCAGUUCUACGGUGGAAGCUAUCUAGGUGACAACACGCAAGAAGGCUCGGACAUUGAUACCAAUCCUAGUCUAUCCGGAACACCUCAGGGUCCUCUUGCGAACCACAUCCCUUGGCAUGAGCCGAAACCGAGUGCUGGCUCCUAUGGUGGUGGUCAUCGUUCCAAGCUGUCGUCGUCGACACUGAAUGUCGACGCCAAGGAGUUCGACCCCAAGACGUCAACCUCGUCGAACCCGUAUCCAUUCCAGGGUAGCUCCAUGCAAUUUCCUGCAAUGCGCAAUCCUAUGUUUACAUUCGGUUCCGGGCCUGGCUUCAAACCUUCAGCGAACACUUUCAACGUUGCGGCACCCUCGUUCACUCCGGGUUCGAGCUUCAACGGAGGCCAGAACGCUGGAACUGGAGAUUUCAAAUUCUCGUCUGCUUCAUUUAAUGUGGCGGCUCCCGCUUUCGACCCAACCGCCAGUGCUUAUUCUUCAGCUACGGUGGAGCCGGCCCCAGGACGGACCAAGAUCUUUGGAGACGUCGACCUCUCCGAAAUCAGCAAGCCUGCCAAGAAGUCAAAGGCCAUUCCUAUCGUACGACCAGAUAGUGGACAUGACAAGAGAAACCAUGAUGAAGGAGAUAAUGAGAACUCCCGUUCCGCCCCAACUGACCGCCACAAGCGCGCCCGCCGUGGUGAUGCGGGUUCUGACGAGGAGGCUCAGUUCAGUGUGCCGGGUGACGCUUUGGCGGAGUCGACAAAUGCUCAGCCUACGCACGCUCGCAAACCAUCGCAUACACCCGCGGAUGGCAAGGAGAAUGCUCUGCCUGAAGGCGAUGCCAACGCGGAAGUGAAACCUGUUUCCUCUCGCGAUGAUAAAGAAGUCGACCGAAAGGAGACGCCCGUCAGCGAAGCUUCGACCUGGACGCCAUCUGACACCAAAGAUGAGAAGGUCGCCGCAACGGCUGAUACAUCCAUGCAUGAGCAGGCUCAAGAGCCGACUCGCGAUGUCUCCGAUGAGAAGACUGCUCUGGAGAAGCCCGCUUUGGAUGAGACCCAGCCGCUAGAAGCCGGCGUUCCUGUUCAGAAGGAGCCCGAACAUACCCUCGAGCCUGAAGAGUCCUACCCCAAGAGCUCCAUGCUGUCUCCCACCGCGCAACCAUUUGAAUUCAAGCCCGCUGUUCCCGAGUUUGUUCCCCUGGCCGUCGAGCAGCCCAAGCCGGCCCCCGAACCAACGCCAGCCAAGAAUGACCUUAUGGCCUCUCGAUAUGCUGUCCCAAGUCCUCCAACAUCGCCCAAACCAGAACAGACAGAAUCUGCUCUGGGUAAAAAGGAGCCUGCUAUCAGUGAGGCGCCUGAAGCUCCUAUCGAGAGGGAGCGUGCCGUGGGACAUGAUUCCUCGGACGAUUCCCCUGAUGAAGAGGAAUUGAAUGCCAUCAUGGAGCAGCUCAAUGAUGAUUCUGAUGUUGGCAUCGAGCGUAUCACAACUCCUCUGCCCAAGAACCGUCUUCCAGAAUCAGCUAUGGGCCCGUCCAAGGAAAAGCGCCACGCUCCUGUCGACAUCCGCAGCGACCCGCCCAGCCCCAGUCCGGGACGAGGUCCCCUUACUCAAGCAUUGGAGGUUCCAAAACUCGAUUUCGAUGCCGAGACACCCGGCUCGUUCACUCCUUCAAAGGGUUUUGCUUCUGGCACCCACUCUCCUGUUCGCCAACUGAUCCAUCAGAACGAUCAUAUCAGCGACUGGGAUGAUGUCAUCUCCUCAGGAGAGGGCGAGAAAUUGGCCAACAGAAGCCGGUUCUUUGACCGUCGCAUCAAUGACUUGAUUGGGUCCGUUGUUGAUGAGCGACUGUCUCCCUUGGAGCGGGCUCUGGGUGUUAUCCAGCAGUCUGUUGCUGCGAUCACUUCCAGCACUCAAAACAGAUGGACCUGGAGUGCUUCCGUAGAAGCGGAGGAGAGCGAUGCCGACGACGAAGACGACGAAUACGAGGAGAGCGCGUCGUACCGAGCAAGGUCUCCCCUCCGCCAGAGGGACCGCAAGUUCGACAGACUGAAGAAUGUCAUCAUGGACGCAAUUGCAACUCGUGACACUCAUCCGGAAGCUGAUAAGCCAGAAGUAUCUGAACUGGCGCAGCUCCGCGACAGCAUCGCCGAGCUUCACCAAAUGACUGCACACAAGCUUGCCCAGGAUCACACUGCGGAUUUGAAAGAAAUGAUGCAGGAAGUGGUGGCCACCCAGCUCAUGAAGCAGCAACCACGACCUUCUGAUGCAGAGGAGAUUGGUGCCGAUAGCCUCAUGCUACAGAUUGAUGGCUUGAAGAACAUGCUGCGGAUGACGGACGAGCGUGCCGAGCAGGAGUAUAAGCUUCGUAGGGAGGCGCAGGACUCGAUCGCCGAACUCCAGAGAUUGCUGAAGGUUGCCGAAGAAGAUGCUGCUCGGCACAGUGAAGCGGCCGAAUCUGCGGAGGCACGCUUCCUCCAGUUCAAGGAGGAGAAGAUCCCCUACUUUGAACAGGUGCAGUAUAGAGCCGAUACGCUGGAACAGGACCAUGCCAAGCUGAAGUUGACUCUGGCCGAAAUUUCGUCGAAGAACAUUGCUCUCGAGGGGACCCUGGACGAACAUCGUUACACCAGCGACAACCUGAAGCGAGAGAACGAGCGCUUGAAGGGCGAUCUUGAUGGCACUCAGGAGGAGAACAAGAAGCUCAAGGGCACCAUCGAUCACCUGAAAAUGCGCAUCGAAGAUGGCCUCAGUAUUCGCCAUAACCUUAGCGAGAAGUUGGAUCACCUUCAGGAUGAGAUGGUCGCGGUGACUCGCGAUAUCUCUCGCGACCAGGCCUCUUGGCGCAGACGCGAUGAGGAGCUGCAGGCCAAAAACAACGAACUUCAGGCUGCCUACAACCGGGAGCUGAAGCUGCGCGAGAAACUCGAAAAUGACAUCAGUGAACUUGAACAGCAAGAAAGAGAGGCGGCGAAGCUGAAGUUCAUUUUCGGCCAGUCCCAGCAGGAGAACGCAAGACUGGAGGAGCUGGUGGCCAACUUGCGGCUGGAGAACCACGAUCUGGAAUUGAAGGCCGCUCGUUUCGAGCGUGAAUUCAAUGAGGCCCGCGAGAGCAGUCGCGUAGAGAUCCAGCGCACCAGGACUUCGAUGGAAGCUGAUCUCGAAGCUGCCAAUAGCCAAGUCAACAUUGUUCGUGCUGAGCUGGAAGCUCAAAUCCUUCGCCUCCAGAGUCAACUCGACAAUGUCCAGAUGAACAGUGACACUGCUCGGGAGCGGUAUGAGAUGCUUCUCGAGGAGGCUGCAGAAACCAAAGCCAGUGCCGUUGCUGCUGCGAUGGAGUCUAAGGAGCUGGCCUUGGAAGAACAGCGCAAGAUGCACGAGCGCGUUCUCAAUGACCUCCGCGAGCGUCACGCCCGCGCCCUCCAUAACUCCUCCGAAGAUAGACAGCGCGCAGAGUCCCAUCUGAUGGACCGGCUGGCGUUGUCUGAUGAAAAGGCGCAGCAUCUACAGGACCGUGUCAGCCAUCUGGAAGAAAAGCUUGAGAUCGCGCAGUCCGCAGCUCGUGCUGCUGCCGAAGCCGCGCAGUCGGCCAAGGCCGCUGGUGCUUCUUCAGGACAUGCAAGCUCGCCAUCGAUGUCAUUCAACCAGGGCACUUCGGUCCCCGAGAAGAUUUCCCCUCAGGCGUUGCGAGAGUCCAUUCUGGUGCUUCAAGACCAGCUGCAACAACGCGAGACCCGUAUCGAGGAGCUUGAGCAAGAAGUUGCGGCUGUCGACAAGGACGCACCGCUCAAGAUUAAGGAGAAGGACACCGAGAUCAACUGGCUCCGUGAGCUCCUCGGCGUUCGAAUUGACGACCUUCAGGAUAUCAUCAACAUGGUGUCGCAGCCGUCAUUUGACCACAAUGCCGUGCGCGACGCUGCUAUUCGGCUGAAGGCAAAUCUCCAGAUGCAGCAGCAGGAGAGAGAAAGGGCACACUCCGGGCAGAGCUUCCCAUCGCUCCGCUCUCUUUCGGAAUUGACCGCAUCCCCGCGAUCUCUUCCUCUGGCCGCCGCUGCCGCGUGGGGUAGCUGGCGCAAAGGCCGGGAAGCUUCUGGUUCUGAACAAACGCCAUCGAAACAGAGCAACGCCAGCGCGUUCCUAUCCGGCCUCUUGACCCCGCCUAGCUCUCACGUUCGACAGGGUUCUGCUGCCAGUUCCGGUGGUCCGUCCACCGCCGCAUGGAGACAGCCCUCGGAAAGCCGCCCUCUCAAGAACACCGACACCACGCCGCGACCCCUGUCGUCGCGGGGUGGCCGAUCGCGCGAGCCCCCCAAAACCCCUCCCCUCCUCCGUCGGUCCAGCUACGACCAUGACGCGGAGCCGACGGACUAUGGCGAGAGCUCUCUCGGCGAGGAGAACGAAAGCACCGCCGACGGGUUGGUAUCUGCGUCGCCCAAGGACACAGACGGUCCAUUUGGACCGCAAAUAAUGUCAUAG